CACUUUUCCAUCGGAUUUUUGCGGCCUCUCAGUCUGACUCGCCUAGUCGCGUGCUGUGCAUCCGACCUCUGCACGGAGGGGGAGAGGACUUCUUUUGCGGUCUGAAGGCGCUCUUCUCCGGAUGGGAAGUUUCGUUUUUGACUUACCUCUGUCUCCGUCGAGAACAGCGCUUCGCUUCUGCCACAAUUUUCUCGCUGGAAACUGCCUUCUGCUCUGUCAAAAGAGGCCUACACACCCCCCACGGUUGCAGAGAUAUCAAACGCGGCUGUAUAGAGAAGCUCUCGUUUGGCGCAUUGGCCUCUCCUUUCUCUCUGCUUUGACACGGAGUUUUCUUGUCUUUGACGUGGCUUUUCGCUGCUUUGACACUGGCUGUUGCUCUCCGCACUCCGUCUCGAUGCCGGGUGCUUUACCGCGUCUUGACGGGGCCUGCAAAGACCGCGAGGCCUCUUGACUCGGAGAUCCUGUCGUUUUGGUGUCUUCUUUCCGUUCUGUCUCUUCUUCUUCGUCUCUCGCUUUCCCUGCUUUUCUUGUCUCUCUCCCCUCGCGUUCACGAGGAACCAUGGCUCUCCACACUGCAUGCACACCCUCGCCUCUGGGCGGCGCAGCUUCGGCUUCUCGCUCGUCGUCAGAGGCCGCGAAUUCCGCGGCUUCUCUCUCCGCCGUAUCUCCACGCGGCAGCGACUGGCGGCAAGGCGGCGCGCUGCAUGCGCCUUCGGGCUCUGUUCAGACAUUUCUUGCAUACGAAGUCUCUCGCGAGUGUCGCAUGACCAGCAAGGCAGAGAGAACGUCCUCGAGCACCCCGUUCUCCUCCGCUUCCUCUCCCACACACGCAGGGUCUCCGAAGGCGGGAGAGCACUGCUGCGCUGCCGAGAACUGUCGAGGCGUCGAGAGAAGAGAUCUCUCCCCAUCUUCUUUGCCCACAAGCCGCGGAGAGGUCUCGGCUUCCAGGAGAGAGCUCAACGGCGGAGAAGAAGAGAGCGAGGUCGCGGCGAAUGAGGAGGAACUUGCAGAAACUCUCUCGAAGGCGAAGGACAUCGUCGCGCGUCUCGCCGCAGCGCGCCUCGGUGUGGAGCCCGACGCGAAACUCCUGGAAGCCGAGGCGGUCGAAGUUGGGUCGACCAAUCGGAUGGUCCACGUGUGGAGCAGACGCGAUCCGAAAAAAUCUUGCGCCGUGAAGUUCUUCGGGAAGCACACAGGGAAGUACAUUUGCAGAGACAAAGAGCUCCGUCUGCUGCGGCUUCUGGGAGCGAAUGACGUGGGCAAGGAAAUCUUCGCAACUUUCGAGGAAGGCGGGGGCGGCUUAAUCGAGAGCUGGCUAGCAGGGUCGAGUCUGGAGCCCAGCGACCUUCACAGGGAGGCUGCGAAGAUUGCAAGCGAAAUGGCGCGCAUGCAUGCAAUCGAUGCAAAGCCGCAGUGUCUCUUGGUGUCUCCAACUUCAAGAGACUCUCGCGGCGAACCCGCGAUCGGCGAGGCGCUUGCAAGCCCAGAGGCAACCUCCGAUCUUUGGAAGCACUUGUUCAAAUUCCUCAAACUCUGCAAAGAAGAACAAGAGCGCGCGCGGCGCGGCGAGGACUCAGAGGCUUCUUCCGACGGCUGCGAAGAACCUGCGGACAGCCCCAAGCGAACUGUGUUUUCUCGGCGCAUUCUUCUGUUUGAUUUAAGAACUGUUGAAGAGCGCCUUCGAGAGCUGCAUGCGCUUGCGAGCGAGGUUCAGUCUCCCGUCGUCUUGUGUCACGGCGACCUCCUUUCUGGCAACAUCAUCAAGACGGACGAAGGAGAGGUGCGGUUCAUCGACUUUGACUACUCGGGAUUUAUGGAGCGCGGCUUCGACAUCGCGAACCACUUCGCGGAGUACUCAGGGGUCGAGUGCGACUUCAGCAGGUGCCCCUCGGAGGAGGAGCGGGACGCUUUUUUGCGAACGUAUCUGCGCGCUCUCCGCCGGCAGCGAGAGCGAAAGGCGAAGGCUGCAGCAGCCGAGACACAGGCCUCUGCCCAGCCUGCCCAGGAAGAAGAUCUCGAGGCAGAAGUCGCAGCUCUCCGACGCGAAAUCAAUGUCUUCUUUCCUCUCAGCAACAUUCUAUGGGGUUUAUGGGCUCUCAUCCAGGCUGUCCAUGUGAAGCCCCGAGAGAUGAAUUACUGGAGAUUCGCCUUCGAUCGACUGGCGGCGGCCGUCGUUCCACCAGUCCCGCAUUUGUCGUUCUGAAAGGUAGAUCGAAACUCAUAUUGAGAAGCGUCUUCUCUCACCCCCAUGCAGGCAACAACCGGGGCUCGGGGAAAGCGCCACUAGGAUCUAGAAAGUCGGCAAAGUGGAGACUCACUGGUCCCGAGUCUAUAUUUGAAACGCCGGCGCAGCGUAGGGACGAGGAGGGAAAACACGCGGGCGAAGAGAAAGAUGAAGAGAAACAAGAGAAAGAAGGAUCGGGACGUUUUUGUUUUUUUGAAAGUAAUUUGAAAUUGCUGCGCAGCCAGCAGCUGCGGCCCUUCUCAAGGCGCGGGGCAGCCCACGACCCAACGUCCCCUCUCUAGCGAGAACAAGUUUUUCCUGGAAAAGGUGAUCUGUUUUCCAGAGAGAAAACGACAUUCAUCUCCGAAAGAACUGCAUUUGCGGCAGACAGAACGAUUCUUUCUGCGGAAGACACCCUUUUUCUAGAGCGAGAAACAGGUCGAGAGGCUUGGCAGGUCGACGCUGCAGCCCGGAAAGGAGGAGCGCUACCUGUUGAAGAGUCUGGUUGUCUGCAUUCCCCCACCGUUGCUCCCGGUAGUGACGAGCAACGAACGGCAAUGAACUGGACCUGGAGACGACUUUUUUGUGCCGCAAGAAAGAAAGAUUUGCCCUUGUGAGAUGUGUCUCCUACGCUCUGUAUCACAUGUGGCGGUCGCGCACCCGCCAGGCUUUUGAAGUCUCUCUGGCCGUCUGAAGAAGGCGAAAGGCCGAGAGAGUUUCUCCGUCGAAGAAGGACCCGACGGAGUUAGGUUUUCAGAGACUCACGAAAGGCAAUGUGAGGACAGUGAAGCCUCUUCCAAGUGAAGGACGCAAAGUCAAGCUUGCUCUGAGGUGCCUGUGUAGAGUUUCUGAUAUUUCCAGGUCGACCGGACGGGAAGAAGAAACGUGUGUUUCGAGGGAAGAGACAAAAACGUGCUCUGUUCUCUUCUUUCGGAAGCACUUGUGGGGAAAGAGUCCAGAGAAGGCGUGUACAUCGAAAGUGAUGCAGGCAUGCAUGCGCCCCCCGCGCUCAGGGCGGCCGUCGCCCUCGCAUUUGUUCCGUGAGGGAGUUUGAGGGUUUAGAAUUUUCCGGUUUUCAGUUCGAGGCCUCUUUCUGUGUUGAAGCGCAGAGAUUCUCUUGGCGCUCUUCUCCAGCAUUGUGUGCUCGCGCCCUCUUGGAGGGCGGUACAUCACCUCCACACAUCCUCUGGCAUAGAUCCUGUUUCGACCGCCGUCUCUCCGCGAGAGAGCUGUGACUCAACGCAGGGACGCUCGUGCGUCUGAUGAACAACGGGUGCGUGUCUCAGUAGGCUUUUCGUUUCUGGGCAGUGAGGCGCGGCUGUGAAGCCACGAACCUCUUCAAGUGGCAGCGCGCGGAGAGGCGCGUUCAUGGAGACAACUGCGUGAGCAGGCGGUCGACGCGCUUUUGACUCGAC